AGAGUGCGGAGGAACCAGGCGAGAAGUAAAACGGUUCCUGCUUAUAAAAGACGUGGGUUCGACGCAGUCGGAAUGCCAUCGCUGAGAAACGACCGGGGUGACUGAAGGAAAGAGUUCAAAAUGCAGAUCUUUGUGAAGACCCUGACUGGGAAGACCAUAACCCUAGAGGUGGAGCCAAGUGACACCAUAGAGAAUGUCAAGGCCAAAAUUCAGGACAAGGAAGGUAUACCUCCAGACCAACAACGCCUGAUCUUUGCUGGGAAGCAGCUGGAAGAUGGGCGAACCCUUUCUGACUACAACAUUCAGAAAGAAUCAACUCUGCACCUGGUGUUGAGACUGCGUGGUGGAAUGCAGAUCUUUGUGAAGACCCUGACUGGGAAGACCAUAACUCUAGAGGUGGAGCCAAGUGACACCAUAGAGAAUGUCAAGGCCAAAAUUCAGGACAAGGAAGGUAUACCUCCAGACCAACAACGCCUGAUCUUUGCUGGGAAGCAGCUGGAAGAUGGGCGAACCCUUUCUGACUACAACAUUCAGAAAGAAUCAACUCUGCACCUGGUGUUGAGACUGCGUGGUGGAAUGCAGAUCUUUGUGAAGACCCUGACUGGGAAGACCAUAACCCUAGAGGUGGAGCCAAGUGACACCAUAGAGAAUGUCAAGGCCAAAAUUCAGGACAAGGAAGGUAUACCUCCAGACCAACAACGCCUGAUCUUUGCUGGGAAGCAGCUGGAAGAUGGGCGAACCCUUUCUGACUACAACAUUCAGAAAGAAUCAACUCUGCACCUGGUGUUGAGACUGCGUGGUGGAAUGCAGAUCUUUGUGAAGACCCUGACUGGGAAGACCAUAACUCUAGAGGUGGAGCCAAGUGACACCAUAGAGAAUGUCAAGGCCAAAAUUCAGGACAAGGAAGGUAUACCUCCAGACCAACAACGCCUGAUCUUUGCUGGGAAGCAGCUGGAAGAUGGGCGAACCCUUUCUGACUACAACAUUCAGAAAGAAUCAACUCUGCACCUGGUGUUGAGACUGCGUGGUGGAAUGCAGAUCUUUGUGAAGACCCUGACUGGGAAGACCAUAACCCUAGAAGUGGAGCCAAGUGACACCAUAGAGAAUGUCAAGGCCAAAAUUCAGGACAAGGAAGGUAUACCUCCAGACCAACAACGCCUGAUCUUUGCUGGGAAGCAGCUGGAAGAUGGGCGAACCCUUUCUGACUACAACAUUCAGAAAGAAUCAACUCUGCACCUGGUGUUGAGACUGCGUGGUGGAAUGCAGAUCUUUGUGAAGACCCUGACUGGGAAGACCAUAACCCUAGAGGUGGAGCCAAGUGACACCAUAGAGAAUGUCAAGGCCAAAAUUCAGGACAAGGAAGGUAUACCUCCAGACCAACAACGCCUGAUCUUUGCUGGGAAGCAGCUGGAAGAUGGGCGAACCCUUUCUGACUACAACAUUCAGAAAGAAUCAACUCUGCAUCUGGUGUUGAGACUGCGUGGUGGAAUGCAGAUCUUUGUGAAGACCUUGACUGGGAAGACCAUAACCCUAGAGGUGGAGCCAAGUGACACCAUAGAGAAUGUCAAGGCCAAAAUUCAGGACAAGGAAGGUAUACCUCCAGACCAACAACGCCUGAUCUUUGCUGGGAAGCAGCUGGAAGAUGGGCGAACCCUUUCUGACUACAACAUUCAGAAAGAAUCAACUCUGCACCUGGUGUUGAGACUGCGUGGUGGAAUGCAGAUCUUUGUGAAGACCCUGACUGGGAAGACCAUAACCCUAGAAGUGGAGCCAAGUGACACCAUAGAGAAUGUCAAGGCCAAAAUUCAGGACAAGGAAGGUAUACCUCCAGACCAACAACGCCUGAUCUUUGCUGGGAAGCAGCUGGAAGAUGGGCGAACCCUUUCUGACUACAACAUUCAGAAAGAAUCAACUCUGCACCUGGUGUUGAGACUGCGUGGUGGAAUGCAGAUCUUUGUGAAGACCCUGACUGGGAAGACCAUAACCCUAGAGGUGGAGCCAAGUGACACCAUAGAGAAUGUCAAGGCCAAAAUUCAGGACAAGGAAGGUAUACCUCCAGACCAACAACGCCUGAUCUUUGCUGGGAAGCAGCUGGAAGAUGGGCGAACCCUUUCUGACUACAACAUUCAGAAAGAAUCAACUCUGCACCUGGUGUUGAGACUGCGUGGUGGAAUGCAGAUCUUUGUGAAGACCCUGACUGGGAAGACCAUAACCCUAGAGGUGGAGCCAAGUGACACCAUAGAGAAUGUCAAGGCCAAAAUUCAGGACAAGGAAGGUAUACCUCCAGACCAACAACGCCUGAUCUUUGCUGGGAAGCAGCUGGAAGAUGGGCGAACCCUUUCUGACUACAACAUUCAGAAAGAAUCAACUCUGCAUCUGGUGUUGAGACUGCGUGGUGGGCUUUAAAUUGGACUGGGCCUUAAUCAGUUUCAAUUGCAUUGUAAUUUUUAAUGCAUUCUGUUUUUUUUUGUAAUGAUCAAACAGGUCUUGAGUAUAUAAAGCAUGUAGAUAAUAAAGAUUUUGUCAAAUA